AUGGACGCCUACAAGCCCGACUUCCCCUCCCCUCUGAAUCCUCACGCUCCCCCACAAAGACGAGACGUCAGAAUCAAGCGAAACGUGAGCAUCAGUCCGGCACAGCGUCUCCUCCGGUACAAAGCGGCAGAAGCGUGGCGGUCAUAUGUCCUCCUCCAAGAGGCGAGAGAGUAUGAGAAGCUGUUGAUGGAGAAGAUUGCUUUGAGAGAGGGUAUGGGAAAGACUCAGGACUACAUCGAGCGUGUUGAUGAAGAAAUGGGAUAUUUGGAAGAGGAGUAUCAGUUCCAUAUGCCUGACUUGAGCUUCUUCACCCCACGAAGGGUUGUGCUUGCGAUGGGAUUGAUGAGGCGGUUAGAUGUGGGAGGGUGGUUGAGAUGCGAGUCACAAUGA